CUGUUUACGACCUGGUGCGCUGCUGCGUCCUCCAUUAAUCCCUCCUUUUGGCGCAUUUUUGUCACACCGGAUCGAUAAUUUCAUAAGGGACGGGGCCGAAUUGCGCCUAUCCGACAUUUAUCGACCUACACUGGAUGAAAAAUCAACUCAGCUGCAGGGUGGAAGAGGCGCGGUGCCCUUCGCGUGCGCCUUCAUACGCACGGUCAGAGGGGACCUCGCUGUUGCACAUCCCGGCACAGAAAGAAGACAUGUGUGAGCACCGACCCUUCAGCGCCCCCUCCAGACCCCGGAGUCAUCUGGAUUUGACCGCCGUUCAGUCCGCACGUAACGUGACGCGUGCUGUUUGGAUUAAACGUCCAUGAGUGGAAGCUGGUUUUGCGAGUCUUUGUCGGGACUUGGAUGCGCGCUGGUGGAUUUCACAUGUUAGAGUAUUUGUGUUUGGGGGCACUGCGUUAAUGUGCCACCCGUAUGGACAGCAGGCGCAGAUUUAAAGUUAUCGACCCGCCGCGUCUCCAGUCUCCACACCGCGUCCUCGGCGGGGCUGGGGCGGACAGAUCCGGGUACGCAGAGGAAUGCAGAGCCGGGAUUUCGUCUCUUCCAGCUCACCUGCCGAACUCUGCGCAACGCACAUCAAACCGACAGACGCAUCGGGUGAGCGCGCAUGGAUGAGCCAUGCUGAGGCAGAUUCUCAACUCCACCGACGCCCCGGACUUCAACCUGGUGCUCAUGGCCCAGUCAUCCACACAGACCCCCUCCUCCCUAAACGCCUCCCACGGCGGCUCAGUAAGCGUGGCCGCCCUGCUCAGACCCACGACGGGGCGCGGGGGAGGAGGGCUCCGGGAGGGUGAGCUCCACAAACCGGACCUCGUCACCUACAUAGUCAUGUGCCUACUGCUCUUCUUGCUGGUGCUGCUGAUUGUGUUUUUCAUCAACUGCCAGCUCCGCAGCUCCUUCUUCGCCUCCAUGCCAUAUGACAGGUCACUGAGAGAGGCUCGGACCUCCUACAAAUAGGAUGGACCCCUGAGACAGACUGAGACUUUAUGGGGGUUAUGGCUUAUAUCAAGCUGCAGGUUGAACUGCGUCCUGGACACGUGAUGUUUUUGCCUUCAUCAACUUGCCUGGAAUCCUACUGUACAGUCCCAGUCAGUUUUUCCCUUUCCAAACACAACCCCAAUCUAUAUUAUA